AUGGGCAGCCUUCCUGCACAAAUUGAGAAGGUUACAGAAAUGGAUAUAAAGGUUGAGGAGAGACGGAAAAUAGCUGCGACAGUUCGAAUGAAAAAGAAUGGAGUUUACCGAGGAGGUGCAAAGUCUAACCUGGAUAGUAACUAUACUUUUCACAAACUCACUGUAAUUGAAGAGUUUCCCAAACCUGAACAAGCAAAGAAGCUGCUAGAAAAGUUACGAGAUGAUCGAGGCAUCCGAGCAAUAAUGUCUGCAAGAAAAUGGACAGUGCACGAAUUAACCGAACUGACACCGUUCGAGAGUUCCAUACUAGGCUACAAUAAGAACAAAGGACAAAGUAUAGCAAUACGGCUACGAACAGAUGAUCUGAGUGGUUUCAGGCAUUAUGAUUCAGUAAGAAAGGUGCUGCUUCACGAGUUAAGCCAUAAUGUUUAUAGCGAACACGAUCAUAAUUUUCAUGCCCUCAAUAGACAGUUGAACAAAGAUGUGGUGAAUCUGGAUUGGACAGCUAAUGGAGGACAUGUUUUGAGCCGUGAAAACUUUUAUAGUCCAGAUGACGCGGAAGAUGAUAUGAUUGAUAAUGGAGUUACCUAUGAAGCUGGCGCAUAUAAAUUGGGCGCAGAGACAAGCACAAAGACGCCUCAAGACCAGUUGUCUACACCGGAAGAUAAGCGAGCAAGGCUUGCAGCAGCAGCUAUGAGUAGAUUAACCAAGCAAGAAGAGCAAGAAAUGGAUGAAGGUUGCGGCUCCGCGAAAUGA